CACGUGGCAGAUAACCUGUGAUGUAUCCCCAAAAUUUCUUUUUGUUUGAUUUCUUCGGGAAUACCUUGGGCAUGUGGCUUUUUAGGCAACACAAUCAUAGUCAGAAGUUCAUCUCGUCAUAUGAAGGAAGCUCGAGACACCCUUGUCAUGCUCUGUUGGCGGGGCUGACAGGGGCAGGACAGGAAAAUGUCGGGCUAGUGUCACCCUGUCAAAACAUUGUGUCUAGCGGGCAGACUUUUGGUUCUCAGGACGGUGUUGCUCACUUGUGAUACUUUUCACAUGGCUCAUGUAUCAAAUCCCACAACAAAGCAAUUAGUAAAGAUCGACGCCUUUCGAAAGCCGACUGAUUACAUACCCAAGCCUUAAUCGCAGGACACACUUACUUAGUGACUGAUUAAUUUUUUCUUCAAAUCAUGCUUAUUGGCAUUUGCGGCAGUCUCUGUGCCGGGAAGAGCACUGUUGCUCAAUAUCUGGUUGAGCAUCAUGGCUUCAAACGGCUUCGCAUCAGCGAGUCCCUGAAGGAGUCGGUGAAGGUAGAGGGCCAAGAUGGCGUCAACGGCACCUCUACGACAGGCCAGACGCAGACAGCUGUCAAUCUGAAUAGCAAAUUACUACAGUUUCCAACCGAGACAGACCUCUUGGACUUUGUCACCAAAAGAUGGCGUGAUCGUUUCGUGACUCUGGUUGAGGAUGCCAACCUCCUCGACCUCCUCGCGAAACGCCCUUUCUUCCUCCUUAUCAGCGUCGACGCCCCGGUCACCAUCCGCUGGGAGCGAUACCAAAAAAAGCAAAAGGAAGGCCCGGUACAGGAGGAUCUCGCCGCAUUUGUCCGGCGCUCGGACGAGCACCUCUACGACGCCACCUCGGGCCACAUGGCGCUCAUGUCCCGAGCCACGGUCCGGCUGCUCAACACGUCGUCCUCGGUCGCGCACCUGUUCGCGACGCUCGGCAAGGUCGACCUGCCCAACGAGGACCGUCUCCGCCCGACAUGGGAUGCUUACUUCAUGUCUCUGGCCAGCCUGGCGGCGCAGCGCUCCAACUGCAUGAAGCGGCGCGUGGGCUGCGUCCUCAUCCGCGAGAAGCGCGUUGUAUCGACGGGCUAUAACGGCACGCCGAGGGGCCUGCUGAACUGUGGCGAGGGUGGGUGCGGACGGUGCAACGAGGGAUUGAGCUCCGGUGUGGGCCUCGCUACGUGCUUGUGUCUGCACGCGGAGGAGAAUGCGCUCCUCGAAGCCGGGAGGGAUCGGAUCCGGGAUGGCAGCAUCCUGUACUGCGAUACCUGUCCGUGUCUGACCUGCAGCAUCAAGAUCGCUCAAGUUGGCAUCAGUGAGGUUGUAUACAGCCAAGGGUAUAGCAUGGAUACCGACACAGCUGCAGUGCUGCGUGAGGCUGGGGUGAAGCUGAGGCAGUUUGUUCCUCCACCAAACGGCCUGAUACAUUUGGAGAAGUCUGAAUUGUACUAAGAUGAUGCCUACGAAAAUUACUCUUAGAAUAAGAAGGGCACCCUUCUUCGAAAGUGGAGAUUACUGCAAAUUGCUG